UUUCAUUUUCUUGUCCUUUCACAAAUAGCCAUGAAGAGCAUGAAAGUCCUUUUAAUUUUAGCCAUAAUAAUGGCAUUAUCCAUAACUCUUACAACAUCAUUUUCAUUCAAUGAACCUCAUUACAAUAAUCCAACAUUUUUUCCAAGAAUUGGAAAUUUUCAACCACAAAUACCAUCUUAUGAUGAUCACAAGUUGAAGUUCAAAGAAAUAUUUACACACAUGACAUGCAACAAGAACCCUAUGAUAUGUUGGGCCAAGAGUAGCCCAGGCCCAUUUUGUUGCAAGAAGAAGUGUGUAAAUGUGUUUAUGGACAAACAAAAUUGUGGAUUUUGUGGGAAUAAAUGCAAGUAUAAUGAAAAUUGUUGUAAAGGGCAAUGUGUCAACACUUUGUUUAAUAAGAGGCACUGUGGGGGUUGCAACAACAAGUGCCAAAAAGGAAGUUCAUGUGCUUAUGGAAUGUGUAGCUAUGCUAAUUAAUUAAUAUUCCAUUCCAAAGAUUAA